AUGUCUUCUUCGGACCCCAGCUCGGUUCAACCCGCUUCCCGCGGAUCUUCCCCCGCCGGUGGCGGAGGCAGCAAUGGUGGUUCAGGUAGCUCCUCCGGUGGAGCGCCUUCUACGUCUUCUUCGGCGCCCGAGCCCGCCCAGGUUUCUCUUCCGGGGAUGGUUCACCUCUCACAGGUGUCCCCUCCAUCAUCGUUCAAUUUCCAGGCUGCAGAUCAGUGGGACCGCUGGCUGCGUCGUUUUAACCGCUAUCGUCAGGCGUCUGGUCUUCACACCCAACCGGAGUCGGUCCAGGUGAACUCCCUCCUCUACACGAUGGGCGAGCAAGCUGACGACCUACUGGACAGCUUUCAUCUACCUGAGGAUGACGUGAGUAAAUUUACCACAGUCACUGAGCGUUUCACUGCCCACUUCGGCAAGAAGAGAAAUUAUGUGUACGAACGUGCAUGUUUCCAUCAGCGCACCCAACAGCCCACGGAGUCACUAGAUGCAUUCGUAAACGAUCUCUACCGCUUGGCAGACAGGUGCAACUUCAAGGCCAUGCACGAUGAGAUGCUCCGGGACCGGUUGAUCGCAGGGUUAGCAGAUGCACGUCUUUCUGAACGCCUGCAAAUGGAUUCGGAUAUGACGCUGGAGAAGGCGCUGGCUCACGCUCGCCAAAGCGCUGCCAUCAAGGAGCAACAAACGACGGUACGUGCAGCAGCUGAUCAGUCGUUGUUUGCUGUCCGCCAGGAUCAGGGGCGGCUGCGUUCUAGUCGCGAUCGUCCUCCGCUGCGUGAUGCUCCCAGCUCCUCGCGCCACUCGACUCCAUCAUCUGAUUCUUGUCCUUGGUGCGGAUACGAGUCACAUCCCCGCGCACGAUGUCCUGCAAGUCGUGUAACCUGCAAAGGGUGUGGCAAGACAGGCCACUUUCAACGAGUGUGCCGCUCUUCGCCACCAUCUGGUUCCUCCGGUUCUUCUGCACGACAGGGCACUCAUCAGUCCCCGCGGGGCACAGGUGUCCAUUCUCUCUCCAGCCACAGUGAUUCCUCUAGCUCGGCAGUGAGUUCUGCUGACGCAUUUCUGGGCACCCUGACCCACGGCACAGGCUGGAAUCUCCCUAUGCUUCUGCACGGCAAGGCCAUAACUAUGAAGGUCGACACGGGUGCGGAUGUCACUGCUAUACCAGCUACAGUGUUCACAUCCCUGGACUUGCCUAUCUCGCUCGCCCCAUCGAACCGUACUCUCCGGGGCCCAGACAACACAAGCCUCAAUGUUUGUGGCCGGUUUACAGCUGACCUGCGCACAGCUCACUCAUCUCAGUCUCACUCCGUGCCCACCCAGGUGUACGUGGUCCGCGACCUCAAGCUUCCACUGCUCGGACGUCCAGCCAUUGAGGCACUCGGCAUCCUGCCUGCUCCUGCUAACGUCCUGGAGACCACCUCUACCUCUGGUGACUCAGCUUCAGACUCUCGCUCUCCUGUUGCCGCUGAGUUUCCUGACCUGUUCUCGGGCCUAGGUACCUUCGGUCCUCUCCACACCAUUCAACUUCGCGAUGAGGCUCCUCCAUACUCGCUCUCCACUCCUCGGCGAGUUGCUCUGCCCAUGGAAUCGAAGGUUAUUGAAGCCCUCCGUCGCAUGGAAGCCGCUGGCGUCAUUCGCCCAGUGUCCGAACCGACCGAUUGGUGUGCCGGCAUGGUCGUUGUUCCAAAACCAAACGGCAGCGUGCGCAUCUGCGGUGACUUCACACGGCUCAACAAAGCCGUCAAGCGCGAACGGCACAUUCUCCCUACCACGGACCAUCUCCUCGCUCGCCUCGGUGAUGCCAAGGUAUUCUCCAAGCUGGACGCUAACAGCGGGUUUCACCAAAUUCCGUUGGCGCCGGAGUCGCAGCUACUAACCACCUUCAUCACGCCCAUCGGCAGAUUCUGCUACACGCGGCUCCCCUUUGGCAUCUCCUCGGCACCCGAGUAUUUUCAGAAACAGAUGUCAGAUCUGCUCAGCGACCUCCCUGGCAACAUCUGCAUGAUGGACGACGUCCUCACAUUCGGCUCCACCCUCGAGGAGGAGGUCGACAACCUUCGACCAGCUCUGGCCCGUCUUCAAUCCGCCGGUGUCACGCUCAACAGCGAGAAGUGUCAAUUUCAUGCCACCUCGAUCAAGUUCCUGGGCCACGUGAUUGAUGGCUGUGGCAUCCGUCCAGAUCCAGACAAGAUCCACGCAAUCCAGGAGCUCUCUCCCUGCUCCGAUGUCCAUUCCGUCCGGCGUCUGCUCGGCAUGGCCAACCACCUAGGCAAGUUCAUUCCGGACUUGGCCUCCAUCACGCAACCUCUCAGGUCUCUCCUCGUCAAAGGCACCCCGUGGCAGUGGGGUGCAGAGCAGUGUGCUGCGUUCGACCGCAUUAAGACGUCACUGAGCCAUCGACCCCUCCAGCUCAAGACCAGCCUGAUAACUCAGUGUUUGCAGGUCUGGGGCAGUGCAACGCCCGGCGCUUACUUGAGGGACGCCACUGGAUUUCAUUGA